UGCAAAGCAGUAAUCAGUAAUGGUAGCUGUUUUGAAGAAAUUAGAAUAUAAAACAUGUUCACCUUUUUGUGUUAGGUACACAACUCCAGAGGUGGCGACUGGUCCAGGGUGUACCCUGCCUUCCGCCCGAAUGCAGCUGAGAUAGGCUCCAGCAACCCCCCGCGACCCCGAACGGGACAAACGGUAGAAAAUGGAUGGAUGGAUGGAUACACAACUCCACAUGUGUUCAUUCAUAGUUUUGAUGCCUUCAGUGACAAUCUACAAUGUAAAUAGUCACGAACAUAAAGAAUGAGGAGAAGGUCAGAGGUCACAGAUCCCCGUUCAUCCCUUGAGCUGCUUAACAACCCUUCCUGCUGUCUCAUCACCAUCCUCAUCAUCAUCAUCCAGCUUUUCAGUCGUUGCUGUAGAAACAGUUGCCGUGGCGACGGGUGCCCCCGCUCAUUGAACACAGCCGGGUUGUUUGGCGCGGGCAUGGAGCUGUCAUCCAUCGGGGACCAAGUGUUCGCAGUGGAGUCCAUCACCAAGAAGAGAGUCCGAAAGGGAAACGUGGAGUACCUUCUGAAGUGGCAGGGAUGGCCGUCCAAGUACAGCACUUGGGAGCCCGAAGAAAAUAUAUUAGACCCUUGUUUGGUCCAUAUCUACGAGGAGAAUCAGGAGAAGAUCCGGGCUCUGGCCUAUCGCAAGAAAGGUCUCCGACCAAGAAGUCUUGUCUUGCGGAACCUCUUCGCCAUGGACCUACGCAGUGCCCACAAGGCUCCGGACAAACCUCCGCCUCGGCUGCGCCUCUCCCUCACCCGCGCCAUGAGCACGGACGUGGACAACGGCGAGCGUGGAAGCCAGUACUGUCGCUCGGCGAGGAGGAGGAGGAGCAAGCAUCGGGUGUCCAAGCGGAUGUCCGUGGCAAAGAAGGCGGCGGACUGGGAAGACAUGAGCGAAGAAGAGAAGCAUGAGUCGGUGGGACGUGAAGACAGCUUGUAUGGUCAGUCCGAGUGCAGCUCGCUGCCCGCUUUGGAGCGACAGGAUUUGGAGAUUGAGGCGAUGGAGGAGAGCGCCGACAUGUGCGACCAAUCAAACGACGAGGUCUCAAGGCUGGAGGAAGGAGCAGGAGACACGGUUGUGCCAGGCAGGGACACGGGUGUGGAGGGGGCGGAGUCACGGCCGGAGAGUCCGGGCUCGGCGAUGGCAAGCGGCGAGACGGCGGGUGAUAAUCAUUGUGUUACCAUGACGACGGAAGGUGACCAGACUCCUCCGGGCCCAGUAGAGCAUCUUAGGAAGGUGAUCGAGACAAAAGUGACCAUCAAGUCGCUGACGGUGACGUUCAAGGAGGCCGACGAGGCCGAGGGCUUCUUUAAAGGCGGUUAGGAAGAAGACACAGCUGGUCGGUAACAAUAAUCAGACUUGCCACUCAUUUUGUAACACGUGUAAAAAGUCAUGUUUAUGAUGAUACUCUUUUCCUGCUGAGAAGACAUUAUUGCCUUUGACUCCAAAAAAGGUCAUUUUUAUUAUUUAUGAGGCAACUGGAGGGCGAAGGAAAAUGUGUAAAAAGUUAAGUUUGUGAGGCAGCAAUCAAACACACUACUUCUUCCAUGCAGCUACUUUUUACUCACUCGUCCUCAGUGCUUUCCAGCAAGUCACCAUCACUCCGAUACUGUUAUCUUCUCGCCGGCCUCUUUCCAGCGGCCCGCUUUUUCCUACAAAUACCUUUUUUGUGAAGACAAGUUUAUUUCUGUCUCACCAGAAAUAAAACAAAGAAGUAAUGACUGCUGCUGCUCAGAUGACGUUCUUGCAUUUAAAGGAAGGAGGAUGCGCACAAAAAAGGAGCAAUGUUGUGUUUGCUGUCUGUUUUAAGUACUAUAAAUGCUACUUGGUUCUAUUUUUGUACUACCAGUUGAUAGUCCACUCUUUACACUGCUAAAAAGAGGAGAUCUCAUUUUGCACUGCUGCUGUUUAUGCUUUGUAGAUUAAUGUACACCAAGCCAGAGUACAUUAGAUCAGACAUAGUGAGCCUUUAUUUAUUGCAUGUUAAAUGUAUAAGCUGAAAUAACUUGUGUCUGAAUCAUGUCUUCUCUUGGAAAUGAACCUUUAUUUCGACAGCAUUUCCAAUAAAUAUGUACUCAAGUAACUUUGUUUAAUAAAAGUUGUUUUAUGUACAACCUUUAA